AUGGCAAGCUUCCUGAUCAGGGGUACCAUCUGGAUGGUAGCCUACACCUAUGGAUUUAUUUCUUUGGUCUUGUAUGGCCUCCUAACAGCCCGAUUAGGUCUAUUUUUCAAAAAGCCCACUGAAAAGGAUCAGCUGGAGCUCCAACUUGCUCAUGACCGCCUGUGGAAUCUGUCUAAGGACUAUGCUGGACUCUCCCAUUACUUCCUGACUCUCCCUACUGGGUUUAAGUUCCAUUUCCUCAGCAAUGAUGUCCCCAAUUCCAAGGAGGUGCUGGCUUCCAGCAAGCCUUUGGUUAUAUUUAUCCAUGGUUUCCCAGACAGUUGGGCUGUGUGGCGACACAUUGCUAGCAACCUGGACUUGCAAAAAUCUGCUACUUUGGUAGCAAUUGACAUGCCUGGUUACGGUGGUACCCAAGGCGUCAAGAAAUACAAUGGGACAAACGUCCUCGAAAACAUGGCGCAGCUUAUUAUCAACCUGCGAAUCCAAUACGGCGUUGACAGUGCUACGGAAACGAGCAAGAAGAGAACUAUCAUUGUCGCCCAUGAUUGGGGCUGCGUUGUCGCGAUGAGACUAGCAGCUGAAGCACCAUCACUGGCUGAUCGUUUCCUCCUGAGCAAUGGCCCAUUAAUGAGCCUUAUUAGUUCAAAUAUCCGCCGUAUGCUUUCUGCUGCGCGGAAGAUGCUCAACGAUGCAUGGAAUUCUCCACUCAAUGCUCGCGUGCCGUUGUGCCAGGCAUGGCAGACCCUAGCUCCCGUGAGGUAUCAGCUAAAAAUGUCGGGAUAUAUCUUCGUGAUGCAGCUUCCCGUCCCCUUCUCCCGCUUCUUCCUGACAGGCGGCAACCAAGCAUUCAUGAAGAUGAUUCACAUCGGUUCGCACGGCAGUGCGAAACCUACUUCUGAAGAUCUGGCGAAUUCCAUGGCUAGCAGCAUGGGUCCCUCUCUGGAAGAGUCCAAGACCGAGACCGUAGAUGGCGGGACAUACCCAAAUACUGUUCGCUUCGACUCCAAGUUUGCCAACGUGAUGAACCUUGCCGGCUACUACCGGGACGGUGCGUCAGUCAGUUAUUGGAAAAAAUCUCCAGAGACUGUGGUUGCUUUGGAUAAGCUCGCAAACGGAAAGGAGCCCCAGGGAGCCAAGGGAGCUCUUAAGGCCCCCUCGACCAUAUUUUGGGGUAAAAAAGACAUUGCGCUACACACUGCCAUCUGUCUGGAUGGCAUGUCGGAUUUUAUCCCCAAGAACAGCCAGGUCGUCCUGCUCCCCAAGUCGGGACAUUUCACACCCAUUGAGCUAGAAAGUCGCGUGGCUCUAACGACGGCGAUUCAAUGGGCCAUUGCGGGCGAGCAAGGCGAUAUCGGCGCUGCGUUGAGUAAGUCCAGCGUGGAAGUCAUUGCCCAGAAGUAA